AUGUGUGACCUAGCAGGCCAGUCAUCUAUACACAAGCCUGCCCCUUCGAGCUCCCCCAAACCCCUCCACCCACAGCCCCCCCAAGCUCCCCCAAACCCCUCCACCCACAGCCCCCCCCCAAGCUCCCCCAAACCCCUCCACCCACAGCCCCCUGAACUCCCCCAAACCCCUCCACCCACAGCCCCCUCAAGCUCCCCCAAACCCCUCCACCCACAGCCCCCUGAGCUCCCCCAAACCCCUCCACCCACAGCCCCCUCAAGCUCCCCCAAACCCCUCCACCCACAGCCCCCUCAAGCUCCCCCAAACCCCUCCACCCACAGCCCCCUGAGCUCCCCCAAACCCCUCCACCCACAGCCCCCUGAGCUCCCCCAAACCCCUCCACCCACAGCCCCCUCAAGCUCCCCCAAACCCCUCCACCCACAGCCCCCUGAGCUCCCCCAAACCCCUCCACCCACAGCCCCCUCAAGCUCCCCCAAACCCCUCCACCCACAGCCCCCUCAAGCUCCCCCAAACCCCUCCACUCACAGCCCCCUCAAGCUCCCCCAAACCCCUCCACCCACAGCCCCCUCAAGCUCCCCCAAACCCCUCCACCCACAGCCCCCUCAAGCUCCCCCAAACCCCUCCACCCACAACCCCAUAUUGUAA